AUGGCUGUUCUUGGUAUCACGAUUGCCCUGCUAGUGUGGGUGGCCACCCUCCUUCUCAUAUCCAUCUGGAAGCAGAUCCACAGCAGUUGGAACCUGCCUCCAGGGCCCUUCCCACUUCCCAUCCUUGGGAAUGUUUUCCAACUGGAUUUGAAGGAUGUUCCCAAGUCUUUCACCAGGCUGGCAGACCGCUAUGGGCCAGUAUUCACACUACACCUGGGUUCUCGACGCAUUGUGGUUGUACAUGGCUACAAGGCUGUCAGGGAGGUACUGCUGAACUACAAGAAUGAGUUCUCUGGCCGAGGAGAUAUUCCUGUGUUCCAAGAGUACAAGAACAAAGGAAUUAUUUUCAAUAAUGGACCAACCUGGAAGGAUGUCCGAAGGUUUUCCCUGAGCAUCCUCCGUGACUAUGGGAUGGGGAAACAGGGCAAUGAAAAGCGGAUCCAGAGGGAGGCAUGCUUCUUGGUGGAAGAGCUAAAGAAGACUCAGGGUCAACCCUUCGACCCUACAUUUCUCAUUGGCUGUGCACCCUGCAAUGUCAUAGCAGACAUCCUCUUCCACAGGCGCUUUGACUACAAUGACAAGAAGGGGCAGAGGCUCAUGAGUUUGUUCAAUGAAAACUUCUACCUGCUAAGUACUCCCUGGAUCCAGCUUUACAAUAAUUAUGCAGGUUACUUACGCUACCUGCCUGGAAGCCAUAGAAAAGUAAUGAAAAAUGUGUCUGAAAUAAAAGCUUAUGCACUUGAAAGAGCCAAGGAGCACCUACAAUCGCUGGACCCUAGCUGCCCACGGGAUGUAACCGACUGCUUGCUCACAGAAAUGGAGAAGGAAAAACACAGCCAAGAAUCUGUGUACUCCAUGGAGAAUAUUGCAGUGACUCUGGCCGACCUGUUCUUUGCAGGAACAGAAACCACUAGUACCACUCUGAGAUAUGGGCUCCUGAUUCUCAUGAAAUAUCCAGAGAUUGAAGAGAAACUUCAUGAAGAAAUUGACAGGGUUAUUGGGCCAAGCCGAAGCCCUUCUGUCAAAGACAGGCUAGAGAUGCCUUACAUGGAUGCUGUGGUGCAUGAGAUUCAAAGAUUCAUCAAUCUUGUGCCCUCCAACCUCCCCCACGAAGCAACUCGAGACACCAUGUUCCGAGGCUAUGUCAUUCCCAAGGGUACAAUUGUAAUUCCAACUCUGGAUUCCCUUUUGUAUGACAACCAAGAAUUUCCAGAUCCAGACAAAUUUAAACCUGAGCACUUUUUGAAUGAAAAUGGGAAAUUCAAGUACAGUGACUAUUUCAAGCCAUUUUCUGCAGGAAAACGAGUAUGUGUUGGAGAAGGCCUGGCCCGCAUGGAAUUGUUUCUGCUCUUAUCUGCUAUUCUGCAACAUUUUAAUCUUAAAUCCCUGGUUGAACCAAAGGAUAUCGACCUCAGCCCUGUCACUAUUGGAUUUGGCAGCAUCCCACCACAAUACAAACUCUGCGUCAUUCCCCGCUCAUGA